CCAUGCGGCUCCUCACACAUAAUCUCCUGGCAUGUGCUGCUCGUACUUGCCUCACCACGUCUCUCAAUUUCCCUCUGGCGCUCAAGGAUGUUCAUCUGGAGGUGGUCCAGACAGACUUCAACGAGGGAUUCCUCAAGGGACUCAUCGGGGGAGGCAAAAUCGAAUGGAAGGGAUUGGUAGACACAUGUAGAAGCCUCGGCGACGACUCGCUGCCAGAGAAGGGACCAGAAGUGGAAGAUGAGCUGCCAGAAGAAUUGCUACGGCGUCUACACCACGUCCUUUUAGAGAUUCACGUCGUGGAAGGAUCAAUGACCUGUCCCAAUUGCGGUCACGUGUAUCAGAUCAGGAAUGGUAUUCCUAACAUGCUCCUGGCCGAUCACGAGGUGCAAAAGUGAGCAAAAACGUCUGCUCCUCGUCUCUGCUCGCCGAUGUCAGUCGUGUGAUAAGGAUAAUCACUGCCUAUACUCCUGGACUCCGGGCCUUUCUUGCAUGUUGUACUUGUAUUUGUAUUUCCUACAUCCAUCCUCAGCAUUAGAUCAGAAGGCGCUGCAUUGCGCCCCUCAGCAUCACAUCAG